AUGGAAACAUUCAAUUUAAUGGCAUCAAGUAGUACACCAACAAACACAAUGGUUGAUUCACCAGGUAUGGCAACUUCAUCACCAAUAUCAAAUGGUAAUAGUAAUCAUAAUCAUAUCAAUUUCAAUAAUAAUAAUCCAGAUAAUCCAAAUAAUAAUAAUAAUAAUAGUAAUGAAAGUAUAGAACCACCUAGGAUAUCUAUAACAACAUCGUCAUCAUCAUUAUUGUUAUAUAAUACUAAUAUAGAUAUGAAUGAAAAUUUAGAGAAUUUAAAUGGUAGUAAUAGUAAUAGUAAUAGUAAUGGUAAUAAUAAUAAUUCAAAUAAUCCAAAUAAUCCAAAUAAUAAUAACAGUAGUAUUAACAAUAGUAAUAACAAAGUGUCAACAUUAAAUCCAAAAACAUAUAAAAUUAAAAAAGAUUCAGAGUCAAACUCUGAUGCGACUGAAGAAGUAGACGAGUUAUUAUUAUGUCCAGUUUGUAAUGAUAUGAUUAAAGAACCAUUCAUUUCGAAAUGUGGUCAUUCUUUUUGUUAUCAAUGUAUUAUUAUUCAUUUAUCAAAAUCAAAAACUUGUCCAAUUUGUAUGGUGUAUUUAACAAGAGAACAAAUAUUUCCAAAUUUUGCAUUAAAUAAAUUUGUUGAAAAGAUUGGAGUAAAGAGUAGUUUAUUACCAACACCAACAGUUAAGCAAUUUAGAAAUACAUUAAGUAAUGAGAAUUUAUCAUUACAUGAUAUAAAUUUAAUGGUAUCAACAUUAUUGGAGAAGAAAAAGAAUUUAGAGGUACACGAUCAACAAGUUGAAUAUGAUAUUCUAUUGGAUUUCCUACAAAAAACAAGAUCACAAAAAAUGGAAACUUUUAAACAAUUAAAGAGACAAAUCUCUUAUUUAGAGAAUGAUAUUAAAGCAAUUGAACAUCAAAAAGAUAUCUCUGAAUCACUUUCGAAUGGUGAUUUAGAUAUGUUAAGGGAUGCUUUAUUUAUUGGUAAAGGUGGUGAUGAUUCAAAUAUAGUUUUAUCAAUACCACAUCAUAGUAAUAAUAAUAAUAAUAACAAUAAUAUCAAUCCAAAUAAUAAUAAUAAUAAUAAUAAUAAUAAUAAUAAUAAUAAUAAUAAUAAUAAUAAUAAUAAUAAUAAUAAUAAUAAUAAUAAUAAUAAUAAUAACAAUAAUAAUAUCAAUAAUAAUAAUAAUAGUAGUAACAAUAAUAAUAGCAAUAAUAAUAGUAGUAGCAAUAAUAAUAGCAAUAAUAAUAAUAAUAAUAAUAGUAAUAAUAACAAUAUACCGAAUAAUAGUAGUAAUGUAAAUAAUAGUAAUAAUAACCCGAAUAAUAAUAAAAUUUUAGAAUCAAGUUUAAAUGGAAUAAAUACGGCAACGACAACAGCAGCAACGACAACAGCAGCAACGACAACAGCAGCAACGACAACAACAACAGCAGCAACACCAACAACAUCAACAACAACAACAACAGGAGCAACAACUACAUCAGCAACACCAACAACAACAACUACUUCGACACCAACAACAACAACAACAACAACAGCAGCAACACCACCACCAUCAACAACACCAUCAACAACAGCAGCAACCUCAUCUUCAAUAUCAACAACAACAACAACAACAACAAAUAAUAAUAAUAAUUCAUUAAUAAGUAAGAAAAGAAGAGUUGAAAUACAUUUAGAUGAUUUACAAAGUUGUUAUUUUUCAGCAUAUAAUGAAUCAGAUUAUGAUUCACCAACGAUAAUAAGUGAAACUAACCAUAACAAUAAUAAUAUAUUAAAGUCACCAAAUUCAGUUAAUUCAUCAUCUUCAUCAAUAAUAAAUAGUAAUAGUAAUAGUAAUAAUAAUAAUAAUACAAAUUCAAAUUUAAAUAAUUUAAAUAAUAAUAUAGAAUCAUUAAAAGUUGGUAAAGGAUUAUUAAGUUUUUCAAGAAAUUUAUUAAAGUUUACAAAAUAUAAUGAAUUUAAAGUUUUAGCAACUUUAAAGUAUGGUGAUUUAUUUAAUACAUCAUCAAUCGUUAGUAGUAUAGAAUUUGAUAGGGAUGAAGAAUAUUUUGCGACUGCAGGCGUUACAAAGAAAAUCAAGAUAUUUGAAUUUAGUCAAAUUCGUGACAAUGUCGAGGUUCAUUCACCAGUUAAAGAGAUGACUUGUAGAUCAAAGAUUAGUUGUUUAAGUUGGAAUACCUAUAUAAAAUCACAAAUUGCCAGUAGUGAUUAUGAAGGUAUCAUAUCCCUAUGGGAUGCAAAUACUGGUCAAAACAUUAUGACAUUGGAAGAACAUGAAAAGAGAGUUUGGAGUGUAGAUUUCUCACGUACUGAUCCAACACAAUUAGCAUCAGGUUCCGAUGAUACAAGAGUGAAACUAUGGUCAACAACAACUGAACGUGCAAUUACAACAAUCGAGAGUAAGGCAAAUAUUUGUUGUGUUAAAUUCAAUCCUUGCUCUUCGAAUUUAAUUGCAUUUGGUUCGGCUGAUCAUCACAUUCACUAUUAUGAUCUUCGUCAAUAUAAAGAUCCAUUACUCAUUUUCAAGGGUCAUAGAAAAGCGGUUAGUUAUGUCAAAUUUAUGAAUAAGGAUGAGAUUAUAUCCGCCUCAACUGAUAGUACUUUGAAACUAUGGAAUGUUAAUCAAAAUGAUUGCGUUAGAACUUUCACUGGUCAUUCAAAUGAAAAGAAUUUCGUUGGUCUCACCGUUAAUGGUGAUUACAUUUGCUGUGGCAGUGAAAAUAAUGGUGUUUACACAUACUACAAAACUUUAUCCAAACCAAUUGUCACUCAUAGAUUCGGUGCAAACUCUGGUACAGGUGAAGAAACUGAUGAUGAUGGUUCUCAAUUCGUUAGUUCAGUUUGUUGGAAAAAAGACUCAAAUAUUUUAUUAGCUGCAAAUAGUCAAGGUAAUAUUAAAAUAUUAAGUUUGGUUUAA